AUGUUGAGGCUGAUUUUCAUCGCUGCUCUGGCUGGGUUUACCCAGGCUAGUGAUGUGCUUGAAUUCACGGAUGACGAUUUUGACAGCAAGAUUGGAGACCACGAGCUUAUCCUUGUGGAAUUUUUUGCUCCUUGGUGUGGGCACUGUAAACGGCUAGCACCUGAGUACGAGGCAGCUGCCACACGUCUGAAAGGCAUUGUCCCAUUGGCCAAGGUUGACUGCACAGCCAACAGCAAUGUCUGCAGCAAGUAUGGAGUCAGUGGCUACCCAACACUGAAGAUCUUCAGAGAUGGAGAGGACUCUGGUGGCUAUGAUGGUCCCAGAACUGCAGAUGGAAUUGUCAGCCACCUGAAGAAACAAGCUGGCCCAGCCUCUGUGGAGGUUAAGGAUGAUACAGAAUUUGAGAAGUUCAUUGCAGACCAAGAUGCAAGUGUUAUUGGCUUCUUCGCUGAUAGUGGAAGCACAGCCCAGACAGAGUUCCUGAGGGCUGCCAGCGCCCUGAGGGAGUCUUACCGAUUUGCCCACACCAACUCUGAGGCUCUUCUCCAGAGCCAUGGUAUUGAGGGAGAGGGAGUUGUUCUGUUCCGCCCACCACGGCUCAGCAACAAGUUUGAAGAGAACACAGUCAAGUUCAGCGAGGAGAAGUUCACCAGUAACAAGAUCAAGAGAUUCAUCCAGGAUAACAUCUUUGGAAUGUGCCCCCACAUGACAGAUGACAACAAAGACCAGCUGAAGGGGAAGGACCUGCUGGUGGCUUAUUACGAUGUGGACUACGACAAAAACCCCAAGGGAUCCAACUACUGGAGGAACAGGGUGAUGAAGGUGGCCAAGGGCUUCCUGGAUCAGGGUCAUAAGCUGAACUUUGCCGUGGCCAACAAGAACGUCUUCGGCCAUGACAUCUCUGAGUAUGGCCUGGACGCCAGCACUGGAGAGCUGCCUGUGGUGGGCAUCCGCACUACCAAGGGAGACAAAUACGUCAUGACUGAGGAGUUCACUCGUGACGGAAAAGCCCUGGAGCGUUUCCUGCAGGACUACUUUGACGGCAAACUGAAGCGCUACCUCAAAUCAGAGCCCAUCCCUGAGAACAACGACGGACCUGUCAAGGUUGUGGUGGCCGAGAACUUUGACUCUAUUGUCAACGACGAGAGCAAAGAUGUCCUGAUUGAGUUCUACGCUCCAUGGUGUGGCCACUGCAAGAGCCUGGAGCCCAAAUACAAAGAGCUGGGAGAGAAGCUGGCCAAUGAUCCUAAUGUUGUCAUUGCCAAGAUGGAUGCCACAGCCAAUGACGUGCCGUCCCCAUAUGAAGUCAGAGGAUUCCCCACAAUCUACUUUUCCCCAGCUGGACAGAAACAAAACCCAAAGAAAUAUGAGGGUGGUCGUGAGGUGAGUGACUUCAUCUCAUACCUGAAGAGGGAGGGCACAAACACCUUGGUGGUGCAGGAGGAGCCCAAGAAGAAGAAGAAGAAGUCAGAGCUAUAAAAGCUCCAAACUGGAACUCGACAUCCCCCACAACAGGAGGAGGAUUGGGGAAUCCCGACAGAGAAAGAACUAAAUUAUAUUCCAGUCUCUUAGUGAACUACCGAAUGCUCUGAAGCCAAGUCAUAAUGACGUGGCCCUCCCUUUGGGUCCUCCGCUGCUCUGGGAAAACUGUGGAAGGUGGAGAGGUGGUGGCCAGGGCCUGCCUGAUUUUAAAAACAAAACAGAAACAAAAAAAAUGUUAGGGAAGAGGGACAGCUUUUGAAAAUUUUGAGAUUAUUUCCCCUGGUCUGUCUACUUCACCUCAGACUGAUGCACUUUGGUUUGACACCAGUCUCCAGUCAUCUGUUGCUUUGUUUGUUUUUGUUGUUGUCGUCUCGACAGGGGUAUUGGUUAUGGGGAAUUCUUUUUUUUUUUUCUUUUUUUUUUUUUUGUACCACGUCUUUGUUUUUGUACAUUUGGAAGGAUUGUGAAAUAAAAGGCCCACAAAACC